UGAUUUAUCUGUAAGUAACAUUUUUCAGCCUCAUAUGUCUUUUGUUGAGCAUCGCUCUUCUUGUGGCAGAAACUGCACUUGAAACGCCACAACAAGUUCUGUCUAGAUACAAUAAUUACAAGACCAUAUGUAAAGGACUGGGGUUUGAAAAUAUGCACUGCAAAGUCAAAACAGACAUCAUUGUUUUUCAAUCUUCACUCACCAAAACCAUUGAAAACAUGAAACAAAACGAGAUUGUGAUCUUUGAUAAGGUUUCAUUAAACGAGGGAAAUGCCUACAAUGUCACUUCUGGAAUAUUUACAGCACCGGUUGAUGGAAUAUAUUCUUUUUCUUGGACGAUAUUGACAAAAGGUGGUAAAUAUUUCAUCACUGACAUUAUGCUCAAUGGUCGACCAAUUGCAUUUAAUUAUACCGAUGGAAGAGGACAGGUUGGAUACUCUAUGUCAUCUUCACAUUUUAACAUUAAAAUGAAGAAAGAUGAUAAAGUGUGGUUAAAAGCUGAUGGCAUUCAUGGGCAGUAUGUUCAUGGUGGAGAGUGGUGUACUUUUUCUGGAUUAAAACUGUAA